CUGUCUAAUCAGCCGUCUGCUGCCUGCCCGCACCCGCACCCUUUCCCUAUACUCUCCGACCGACGCCGAACAGCGAACAUCUCCCCUCAGUCAACUCCUCUAGAGCUGCAGCAGCUCGCAGCUCAGCUCCCACUCGCCUCCGUUCAGCAAUUCCCGGCCCCCGAUCAGCCAACAACGGCGAGUCCUCCGACGCCAACAAGUAAGGCUCUUCUUCUACUUGGGCUUCCUGUUUCUUUGCCUCCUAAUUACGGCGCGAAUUCAUCUCUUCGCGGGGAAACAGCACACUUCUCCGAGCUCCCGGUCUGGGAGUCUCCGGGCUGUGAUCCGAUUCGAGUGUGGCAUUUGUUGUACAUUUCUUUCUUUUGUUCUCCGUUGGUUGGAAAUGGCGGCUCGAUUUUCUCCUGA